AUGGUAUCCACACGAGCUAUGCUUCGUAUCCUCUUCGUCGUGGCCGUCACGACGACAUCCGCCCAAGCCAACACGUGCUCGGCGAUCCCCAACGUCGACUUCGAAGGCAACGACAUCUCCACCACUGACCGAGCCAACCCCGGCAAGUGCUGCGGCGACUGCCAGGCCACACCUGGCUGCACCGCGUUCAACUGGUACGAUGGUGUGUGCUUCUUGAAGUCAGCCCAAGGCGCAUCGUUGUCGCUGCCUGGUGGGGUUUCUGGCGUCGUGCUCAAAGCGACCCCCGCGCCAACCACCACUCCCGCCAAGACUACGCCUACCCCCAAACCUACCCCCAAACCUAGCCCCAAACCUAGCCCCAAACCUACGUGCAAGCGCAUCCGCAAGUCCUGGGAAGCCCUUACCGCCGCCGAGAAGAACACGUACAUUUCCGCGAUCGAACUCGCCAUGGACCGCGGGCUGUACCAUAAGUUUGUCGAGAUCCACAAGGAGACGAUGAGCACUACCGAGGCGCACAACUCGUGCGUGUUUCUUUUCUGGCAUCGCAAGCUCUUGCUGGCGUACGAAAACAUGCUACGCAGUCUCGGGAAUCGGUACAAGUGCCUCACCCUUCCGUACUGGGACUACGUUCAAAACUACGCGACCAUGCAAAACACACCUCGGGCGAAGCGCUGUCGCUCGAUCGAGGAAUGCUCGCCCGUGCUCGGCGACAUUGGCGGCUCCACGGUCGGCAAGAGGUCAACCAAAAACUUGUUUGGGUACUCGUACCCUGCUCUGACAUGUGUGACCAACCGCCCGGCCAACCAUCUGUGCACGGUCGCCGGGGCUAGUAGCAGCACGUGCGACCACUGCAUCCCCCGCGGUAACUGGGCGUCAAUUCCAAUGAUCACCGACAUGUCGAUUGAUUCCGUGCGCGGGCAGCUGCUGGCCCCUGAGGUGGCCGGCAGCAUUAGGUUGUUGUCACAGGCCAUCGAAUCGUCUCCCCACGCGAGCAUCCACAUCACACUGAGCGGCCCGCAGAACAACGUGGCUGUUUCGCCCAUGGAUCCAGUGUUUUUCAUCCAUCAUAACACGCUGGACUUGCUGCAUACUAUCUACUACCACUGCAAGGUCGAGCCACUGGGGUUGUCCAAGGCUGAGAAGAUGACUGACACGCGGUCGUUCCAAGGCUGCACCACCGGCAACGGCCACAACUUGGGCCCCACGUCGCCCAUCAUGAUGAAGUUGGAGGGUCCGGCUGGGGUAGUGAACAUUGAAAAUGAUCCGCUCGUGGGCGAGUUCUUUCGAGAUCUCCCGAACCAAUACUACCAGUUUGCAGACGUCCGCAGCCUCGGGUAUUCGUAUGAGCUCAAGGGCCUGCUCGGGGAUUUGUACUCCAAGUGCGAUGGCACGAUGGCGGUCUCGAGACUCGAGUCCUUUUCGGAGAACGUCACGAGCCCCUUUGACGUUGAGCACGAGGUGCAACCCGUGGUGCUCGAAGAGAACCUGAACGCGCUGUCAUUCCAAGAUGCCGUACUCGCCCAAGCGAAAAAGCAAGGAAUGACCAUAGACCAAGGGUUCCACGAGCUGCGCAAGAUGACCGUCAUGCUCCAGCAGAACUGCCUCACGGGCGACGUCACCGACUUCACCGACGACCAAAAAGCCACGUUUCACGUUACGAUGUCGCCGUCGUUUGCGAUUUUGACCAACAUUCGCAACGGCCAAGACCCGAUUCGAAUCGAACGGUGGACCGAACUCCUCUUCAAGUACUACGGGUGCCACGGCGAUGUGAAGGAACAACCACCAUUUGAGCAUGCCACGCGGCAUGCUCGCUCAAACAUCACCGAGGAAGAAAAAGGCCAAAUCAAAGCAUUUCUGGGGCUGAAGAAGUCGUUGCGAUGGAUUGCAAAUGCCAUCGGACAAAGCGACAAACUCGUGCGGAGAUAUGUUGGUCAACUCCGACAGCCAACGACGCCCAAUAGACCCGGAACACGCAUCAAGCUGACCAAACGUGAGAUCCGACGUGUAUUUCGGCUCGCUACGCGCAAGGGAAUGCCAUCUAGACAGAUCUCGGCUGUUCUAAGUGGUAAAGUAAAGCAUACCACCGUGCUACGUGUACUUCAAAAGUCAAUAUUCACUAAGUAUAUAAAACGCCGGUCCGGACCCCGCCUCACCCCUCAACACAAAAGAGACCGCAUAGAAUUCGCCGCCCGGUACCUCAACCAGCUCGACGGCGAACUUGCGUUCUUAGAGGGCCGUCAAGACUCUGUCAAGUACCAAGACACCCUUCGGGGAUAUCUCUUGCCAAAAAUGCGUGCUCUGCGUGGGUUGACGCCAAAUGGGGAAGCGAUUUUCCAGCAAGACAACGCCAGUAUUCAUCGAUCACGGUCGACAAUGGCCUGGUUGGAAGGAAUGCCGUGGACAACGAUGACUUGGCCUGCUAAGAGCCCUGAUUUGAACCCGAUCGAGAAUGUGUGGGGCGUUCUAGCGCGCAAAGUUUAUGCCCAUGGACGACAAUUUGACACCAAGGCCCAAUUGAAGGCCCAGAUCCUCCAAUCAUGGGAGGAAAUUGAUCAAAAGUACCUAUCGCACUUGGUAGAUGGUAUGCCAACUAGAAUGGCCCAAGCUAUCCUUCGUCGUGGACAAUGUAUCGAUAAAGUCGGGUGUUUGAGGUUUCCCUCUUUACUUGUGUCCCCGUGUGUGUGGCUUACGUGUGUGGCUCCGUGUGUGGCUCCGUGUCCGUCGACCCCCGAUUUUCGUUCAAGAGCCGUCAUCGCCGAUUCUGGUACGUAUUAA